UCCCAUUGAAGGUUUGAUGCUGUGCAUUGUUCUUAUUUUGCUGUUCCAUGCAAAGUAAUUCUCAUCAUGAUCACUUGCCUAUUUUUCUUUUUUAGUUACUUGUUGUGAAACAUGACUAUGACUCUGUCUUUGUUUGAAAAUUUUCGAUUUAUAGAGAUUGAAAAAAUUCUAAAUUCUUUCCAGGUCAGGAGCAUGGAGGAAGGCUUUCAGGGAUCAUGGCACCCGGGGAAAGUUGUCCAUUCUGGGAGGCUGCAGCGCCAUGUCAAAUAUGAUAACAUAUUACUUGAUGAUGAGGUGAAUUACCUUGUGGAAAAGGUGAGUAUUCCGAAGGUAUUGGAUGGCGAUAGCGACUCUUCAAAUUGCAACAUUCGUGGUUGGAUUAGGCCGGUGCCUCCUAAGAGGGAAUUUGAAAGUAGGGAACUUAAAUUUGGUCUGUGUGUUGAUGUGUACCAUGAAGAAGCUUGGUGGGAAGGGGUUAUAUUUGAUCACUGUGAUGAAAAGCCAGAGAGGAGUGUAUAUUUUCCGGAUUUGGGUGAUGAGAUGAAGAUUGGAGUUCAUCAAAUGCGGAUAACUUAUGAUUGGAAUGAGGUUACUGGGGAGUGGCAGUCGAGAGGGAACUGGGUUUUUCUUGAAGUUCUUGAGGAGUAUGAGAGGAAGAUGUUUAUUUCAGUUUCAGUGAAGCAAGUUUGGUAUGAUGUAAGGACCAAAAAGGACUUCGCCAAGAUUAGGGAAUGGACUUUUAAUGAGAAAGUGUUAUGGAAAAAAAUGGUAAUGGAGGUAGUUGAUGAUUACUUAAGGCUCAUACUAGGAGAAGUUUGCUCCUCCUUAGAUCUUCCAAGGAGUUUAUUGAGAGAAACACCGGAGAUGGAGUCUGUUGAAUCUACUGCUAAUGUUGACUUCAAUCAGGCCAACUCUUUGGAUGUUGCGAAUUCUGCAGGCCAGUCGAGUAGCAUUUGUAUCACAACUGCUUCUGAUGAUGGGAUUGCUGAACUCCCUAUGGAAGGAGGUGAGUCAUCGAAUUUGUUGAACAUGGAUCAAAAGUGGCCUACCAUUCAGGAUCAAGGGGUCAAAACUGUCCCUCAGAAAGAACCAGUUACUCCUGUUCAAGAGGUCUCAACUCAGUUUCACAAAGAAUGUGAAAUAUCCUGCGAUGGUGCUACUGAAGUAAUAUUUAAUGGAAGAAAACAUAGAAAGCUUCGCAGCUCAACUCAACAUUGGGAACCUCUCAGAUUGUCUGACGUUGAGUUAUGUCCUGAUGCUAUUGAAGAAUAUGCACAGGCCCCUAAAAGAGCUUGCCCGGAAAAAGCACGAAAACAUCUUGCCCAUCUUGGAUGGAAAAUUGAGUGGAGAAAGCAUAAAACAAGCGACACUUGCUAUAGGUACAGAUAUAGGUCGCCUGAUAAACAGGGUGUUUACUACUCUCUCAGUCGGGUUUGUAAGUAUGUGGCACAGAACCCUUUGCCGUCCCAAAAUGAUCAGAGUAUGAUGCAACUUACAGCUGACAAUCAUCUUGAACCUAUUCUUAUUGAUCAAUCAGAAAAGAGUCAGGAUCAGAGUGCGAUGCAACUUAGAGAUGACAAUCAUCUUGCACCUAUUUGUAUUGAUCAAUCAGAAAAGAGUCAUGAUCUAAAUAUUUUGCCACCAAUUGUGUCGUCUCCUGUGGAUGAAGUUGCAGGUGAACCUGAGUUUUGUCCUCAAGCUGUUUUAGAAUAUAGCUUGAAUAGAUCUGCAAUGCGAGGGCCUGACAUGAAAGUGGGUAGGUCCAAAGCAAAGAGGCAUCUAUUGGCUGAAGGAUGGAGCUAUCACUAUGCAAACCCAAGAAAUAAAAGACAAGGGUUUGUGUAUAUCCCUCCAGACAAGGGAAGAAAUCUCCCAACACUCCAUGCAGCUUGCCAUUAUUGUAUUGAACAAAAUGUUGAUAAAUGGACCAAGCUCGGAAUGCAACCUUUGAAUGCACAGGAUAAUGUUGACCAGGUUUGGAGUGCCAAUUUAUUGCAGAAAGCGUCCCAAUGGCUUCGAGAGGAACGCAUGGUACCUCCCACAGAAGUCAUAACUUCAAGUGGAUCAAACCAUAGUCGGAAGCGGAAACUCUUGAACAAUACAAAGCCCAGCUUAUCUAAGCACCAAAGAAAUGGAUUACCUCGACGCGUGCUGCGAUCAAAUAAAAGGGUGCAAAAGGUGUCUACCCCUUCUUUGUCACACCAGAAACCUCAGAAUGUACUCUCUUGGUUGAUAGACAAUAACAUUCUGUUGCCAAGGUCUAAGGUUUCUUACAAGCCAAAAGGCAGGCUCUGUUCAGCUGAAGGGAGAAUAAGCAGAGAUGGAAUCAAGUGUAAUUGUUGUUUGAAAGUAUAUAGUCUUGCUGGCUUUGAAAGUCAUGCUAGUGGCUGUAGUACACGCAGACCGGCUGCAAGUAUUAUUUUAGAAGAUGGUAGAUCACUAUUAGAUUGCCUGAUAAAAAUGGUGGAAGAUCAUAUGACAAGGGAAGCUAUGGCAAAACCACCAAAAUAUUUUCCUAAAGGCGAGAAUGACAAUAUUUGUUCUGUUUGCCACUAUGGUGGGAAUCUAAUUUUAUGCGAUCAAUGUCCAUCUUCAUUUCAUGUGACAUGUCUAGGUGUGGAGGUAACUAAUAAUAUUCUUCCUCAAUCUCAUCAUAUUUGGUUGCAUCUUGUUAUUGAUAUCUUAAUUCAAUUCACCACUUUCAUUCAACAAUUGCUGUUGGAACUGAAUUGUUUCCUCUUGCUGCCUUCAUUUUUUUUCCUGUACAGAACAUUCCUGAAGAUCUGGUUUUGCCCAUCAUGUCGAUGUGCAGUUUGUGGCGAAAUAGAAGAAGAGGAGGGAGAUUUCCUUGUUUGCAUUCAGUGUGAACAUAAAUAUCACUUUAAGUGCCUCAGAACUAAAUAUGCAACUAACUCGAGAAGAUAUAGUAAAAACUGGUUCUGCGGAAGGGACUGUGAAAAGAUAUAUUUUGGUCUCCAUAAGCUACUAGGAGAGCCAGUUUCAGUGGGCAUUAACAAUCUAACUUGGACAUUGGUGAAAUAUAUAAACUCUGAGAGUAGUGAUCCGUGUACUACUAAAGGUUACUUAUUGCCAGAAAGUUACAGCAAACUCAAUGUUGCACUCUCAGUGAUGCAUGAAUGUUUUGAGCCCCUAAAGGAUCCUUCGUCUACCAGAGAUCUCAUGGAAGAUGUUUUAUUCAGUCGAUGGUCAACACUUAAUCGAUUGAAUUUCCAUGGUUUCUAUACCGUACUUCUGGAGAGAAAUGAAGAACUGAUAAGUGCAGCAACUGUUAGGGUUUACGGAAAGAAGGUAGCAGAAUUGCCUCUUAUUGGUACCAGAUUACAGUAUCGUCGACAUGGAAUGUGCCGCAUUUUGAUGAAUGAGCUUGAAAAGACGCUCAUGCAGUUGGGAGUGGAGAGGCUCGUUUUGCCUGCUGUUCCUAGUGUUGUAGACACAUGGACUGGUUCUUUUGGCUUUGUAAAGAUGACAGAGUUCGAGAGGUCGCAAUUCUUGGACAAUACUUUUUUAGAUUUUCAGGAUACCAUUAUGUGCCAGAAGCUGCUGAAGAUUCCAUCUCCAGAAUCGGUUUUGUUAAUAGGUUUGUAACUUUCCAAGUGUCUUGUUAUAUAGCAAUGUAUGUGCCAGUGAUUACAUCCUUAAGUUUCAUAUUGCAGAGUCCCAAUCUGAAGUAUUACACCAAACAGA